AUGGUCACUUCGCCAGCUGUUCCUGAAAUCUAUGAGGACGAGCUACACUCGGCAAUCGAAGCGCGCUCAGAAUCUCUGCAAACGCUACGAGAGCUGGGCCCGCCAGAUCUGGUCCACCUCAUAAAACAACCCAUCAAGAGUGCGACAAAACAGGUUGGCGUUUACCACCACGUAUCCGGCGUAGACGCUUCCUCGUCUGCCAGCUUGGCAGCCUAUAUCAACACCCUCACAUACUCCGCGCAUGACAAGCAGAACAAGGUCGUCUCCGGGCUGUACUGCUGCUACAAUGCCUUCUCACGCCUGGAUAUGCGCGUGCAGGUCUACAUUCCCGGCACAGUGGAGAGUUACUGCAUCGACGAGCGCGGCGACAAGCGAGUGGCCACCGACGAACUGUGGUUAGAGACCUACCUGUGUAGUGUGCUGCGCGCAUAUUCCUAUGCCGACGAUGGCUCAGGCGACACUAUCAAGAAGAUUGUUGGUGUGCGAAGAUUCAACCCCAUUACAAGCACCGAGAGCGAACACAAGUUUCUGGAUGCGGCUGAACGCCUGUUCUUCAACGGUUGGCAACUCGGAUCCGACCCUGAGAUCCAGGUCCCCAAUCUUGUCUCAAAUCACUUGACUACCGGCCUCCUUGACUACAUCCACACCACCGGCAGAUAUACCUCGGGUAUCAACCUGUUCGAAAAACUGCGAACUCGCGACCCGGAGAUCUCGUCCCUACUAGCACGAGUAUACAUUGAAGCAGAUGAAGAGGUGCAGGCGGUCCAGCUGCUACACGAGGCGAUCCAGGAACUACCCAUGGAUUACUCCCUCCUCGAUUGUCAAGCCGAAUUUUGCAACAAGAAGGGCCGCGGUGAUCUGGCACUUGAGAUUGCUAAGAGGAGCGUUGUGUCUGCGCCUAGUGAGUUCGGCACAUGGGCGCGCUUAGCGGAAAUAUACGUCAGCCUCGAACAGUGGGAUAUGGCGCUAUUGACUCUAAACUCAUGCCCGAUGUUUACCUACCAGGACAAGGAUGCGCCACGCAUGCCAGAGCCACAGAAAGUCUUCCUGCCAGUCAUGCCCGAAGCCAUGUGCGAUGAGAUUGAGGAUUCUAGCAUGGACGAUAUGGAGCUUGUGCACCCAACCCUGAGGAAACUGCACGCUGCAGGAUUCAAGGGUACAUUCCUAAAAGCUUAUAUUCUGCUCACCGAAAUCACAAAGAAAAUAGGAUGGGAUCAAUUACUCAAGAUAAGAAGCCAGGUCUUCGUCAUGGAGGAAGAAUAUCGUCAUGAGAAGACCGCACAGGUACCGCAUUCUCGCAGCGCAAGCACAACAGCACUCCGCUCCCCUUCUCCGAACACGCAUGCUCAACAAAUGAAUGGCGAACAUGGCGAGGUUGAGGAGCGAUCCUCCGUAGAUGAAUCAACCACGAACGGCGAAUCCUCUUCCGCGGCUGCUGAAGCAGUUCACGAUCUCGAGAAGCCAGGUCACACUGUUGCAUCCGAAGUCGUAAAGGCCGGCAGCGAGGACCCUCACGCACACGAUUCCGCCAACAACGGCAACCCCUCGCAACCAAACUAUACACACUUCCAAAACAAGCGUCUUUGCGAACGCUGGCUCGACAACCUCUUCAUGGUCCUGUAUGAGGAUCUUCGCGUAUAUACGAUAUGGCGAACAGAGAUGGCACAGUACAGGCAGCAGCAACUCCUAUACAAGAAGAGCAGUGAGGAAUGGGAAAUUCUGGGUGAACUCGCGGAGAGACUGCAUCACACAGAAGAGGCUGUCGAAGCAUAUGAGAAUUGUCUGCAAAUCAAGUUCUCGCCGAAAGCCAUGAGGGGUGUGUUGAAGUUGGGUGAGGAGAGAAAACAGGUUAGGGAUGUUACAGCCGCGCUGAUCAGAUUGGUCACUUGGCAGUAUCGAUGGUACUCCGAGUUCUCGCCAUCCCUCCUCUACACAAUCCGUAAACUUAUUGAGGAAGAGGGUGCCGUCAAGAUCCGCAGCAUCAUCCAGGGCACCUCUCUACCACAACACGUCCUCGAUCUCACACACCAGUAUGCGGCAUUGUGUGCUGCGUUCAGGAGCAGCGGUAGCGACGGUUAG